AUGGAGGGUGCUUAUUUCCACUGGCUCAACAAUUAUCCCUACACCCAUACGGAGGGGGCCUCGGGCUUCAAGAAGAGGCUCCUCGAGCCGCCGCCGCAGCUGGAGCCUGACUUCCCUGCCGCGAGCGCGGCAGGUGCGCAGCCGGUGGCGGCGUCGGCGCGGCGGCUGCAGCCAGACCCCCAACUGAUCGCCAGAAACCGGUUGCUUGGGGUCCAGACCGAUCCAGUGCCUGAAAUACCCUCCUCUGUGCCGCACAGGGCUGUGGGUUUUAUUGAGAGAACGGAGACUGCUGGUGAAUUCCCAAGGGGGUUAAUUGGCGUUUUAUCAAGCCAGCUUUCAUUGUGUCUGCUUAAUAUUCAUCUCUCCAGGCUUCCCACCAAACUGCAAAAGCUGAGCUGCAACAUUCUGAACAGCAGUCCAGCUGUGAGGGGAGGUGCCCGUGGCAAGCCUCAGCUGACCCUGGAGAGGCCGUUAAGACCUGGCUGUCGCCUCCACAGUUGCUCAGAGGCAGAGAAGGGUGGCUUUGUAAGAAGAAGAAAAGAGAUCACUCUCUUUCCACCAUGUGAGGACCCAGCAAGAAGGUGGCUGUCUGCAAGCCCAGGGAGAGAGCCCUCACCAGGAAUCUGCUGGCACCUUAAUCUUGGACUUCCCAGCCUCCACAACUGUAAGAAAUAA